ACCAGUACCAUCAUUCAGAACCACCUUGACCGUGGCAUGCCACCGGCGGACGUCGUUUGUUUUGGCGCGCGUUAGUCUAUUGUUUUGGUUCGUAUAUGUGCGGUACCAAAGACACUGCAGAUUUUUUUUAAAAAUUUUGGUAUCUUUUUAGUGUAACUUACUAUAGUGACUAUAACAUAAAAUUGUAAUAAUGAUAUCGAAAAGGAAAAUAGUGGACAUAGUACUGUUUGUGUGUUUAUAUCUGACAACAAUAGAUGCCCAGGAUUAUGAAGUUACCGAGAUACAAUGCUCAUUCGCUGUCAGCAAUUUAGGAAGUACCAAGGACUACAUCAUGGCGAAGUUAAGAAAACCGGAAGGCUUCAAAGGACAUCCGCUUUUCGCAGAUGACAGAUCGGUCGAUCCUGACACCGAUCUAGCCUGUCAAAUUAGGCAAGAUCUGACAGAUCCCACUGGCUUGUUGUACAACUUGAAGAUAAGCGAUUUUGGAAAAUGUGGAGUACUUAAAAGAAACGGAUUUGUCCAUGUCAGGGUAUGGUUUCCCCAAUUCCCAGGAGUAGUGAUGCAGUCAGAUCAAGAACUGAUUAUAAUGUGCAAACCACCCGAACCCACGAUCAUAGAAAACAAGGCUGCGGGUUUUGCAGGGAGUUUUCCUCAUGGAGCUAGAGUAUCUGGAGUAGUGGAAGAGACACCGGGACGACUGGAAUACGAAGUGGCUCUAUAUAAAGAGGCUCCAGCGUCUAGAAUAAGUAACGCCACGUCAAGUAACGAACUACCAGUUGAUCAAGCAGUACCUAUUGGUACCAAACUUCAACUAAGAGCCAGAAUUAACCCAGAUUCAGCUUGGAAAUACGUCAAACUCAUGGAAGUCACUGUUUCUCCCGAUCCUGACGAUCCACACAUGUCUGGCAGUGUAGCUUUAGUUAAAGAUGGAUGUAGAAAUAGAGAUUUUGCCACAAUUAUUCCACACCAACCCGCAAGAUACAGGGAUCGGCACAACGAAGUGUUCCUGGACUUUGAGGCGUUUCUUCUGAGCACGAUGAAGGAACGGUCGACGUUGUGGAUCCAUUCACAAAUAAAGGCCUGCAUGGAAGCCCUGGAUUGCCAGCCAGACUUCUGUCUGGAUCUGUUCGAGCCUUCCGGUCAUGGAAAACGGAGAAAACGUCGUGAAACAGCAGAAGUUACACAAAUCACCGAACAGGACAAUUUAGGCAACGCCUUAUCCAAAUUCAAUGACAGUAUACACUUUGCCAAGAUCCAGGGAAAUUUGGAAUACACAGUUCUGAUGCCUGGAGAAUUUUUCCAGAGAGCGUCAUCCAUGGAGAGCAGUUGCAGCACAUUUCUGGUCGUUGCUGCCAUUUUGGGAUGUCUACUGUUCAUGGCAGCCUUCAUUAUGUGCUGGCUGGCUACUAAGCUGCAUUCAGCACUCAUGGAAACCAACGAAUCAGGGAAGAACGUGGAUGAUUUUGUUAGGGAGAGCAGGCAUUACAGCGAAAGUUGCUACACAGGCAGACCUACAACGCAAUGAAAAGACUAUUUUUAUUUAGUGAAUAUAAUAUAUAAAGGAAAAUUAAAACAACUUUCGUUACACGUCAUCAAUGACACCAUGCGUCGUCUUAUGGAGUUUGCUGGUGGUCGUAUUAUGAUGUGCAACCAAAGUUAUUUUAAUUUUCCUAACAAAACAUAUACAUUGAUUUGUUUUGACUCAACAUAUACAAGCAAAAUGUAAACAAACUGUUUGGAUAUUUCCAGUUUGAUUUUACCAAAAAUGUUGAACUGUAUUCAUGUCAUUGCAUUCAGGAUUAUUUUCAUAAAAGCUUCUUCUUGGUAGUUAUUUAUGCAAGGUAUUCCAAACUGUA